GCGGGGAAAAGCGACGCAAGCAGCCGCGACGCCAUUUGCUGCGGCCGAGCGUGGGCGCAGGCGGGUCUCGGAAGAACUCGGUCGCGAGACUCUCCCGCGCACGCGACCCGGUCUCCCGCGCCUGCCUGCUGCUGCGCUGUCCCACCCGUCGCCCCUCGGAGGAGUCGCCAACACCUCCCGGAUAGGAGUCAGCGAGGUCGCGAGGCCGCAGUCACCGCCAUGCCCAAGAAUAAAGGUAAAGGAGGUAAAAAUCGACGCAGAGGUAAAAAUGAGAAUGAAUCUGAAAAGAGAGAGCUGGUGUUCAAAGAAGAUGGGCAAGAGUAUGCUCAAGUAAUCAAAAUGCUGGGAAAUGGACGAUUAGAAGCUAUGUGUUUUGAUGGUGUAAAGAGGUUAUGUCACAUCAGAGGGAAAUUGAGAAAAAAGGUUUGGAUAAAUACCUCAGACAUUAUAUUGGUUGGUCUACGAGAUUACCAGGAUAAUAAAGCUGAUGUAAUUUUAAAAUACAAUGCAGAUGAGGCUAGAAGUCUGAAGGCAUAUGGCGAACUUCCUGAACAUGCUAAAAUCAAUGAGACUGAUACAUUUGGUCCUGGAGAUGAUGAUGAAAUCCAGUUUGAUGACAUUGCAGACGAUGAUGAAGAUAUUGAUGAUAUCUAAAUCAAACUCAGCCUUUUACAUUCCACUUUCUCUGAAGAUUGUUCAACAAUUUGGAUUUUGGCUGUGACCUGUUAAAGAAGAUUAAAAUCUCAUUAGCAUGAGUGCAAUUUGUUAAAGCAGACUGAUUUGUUUCUAAGGUAUUUCUUUAAAACUGGUAAUACUGAACUCUCUUAGGUAAAACGUUAAGCCCACUUUGUUCUUUUGACGUAAUGGAGCUUAUAGGUAAAAGACCACAUCUACUGUAUUAAAAAGAAAAAAUGCAUUACUGCCUUUCCCACUUUGACCACUUCCACUAAGUUAAUGGAUGUUUUGAAUAAGCCAUUUGCCGUACAUUCACAUCAUGGAUUAUAAGUAAGCCCUAGAUUUGACUAGCCUGUUGACUGUACAGUAAAUUUCUGUAUAUUCCAGUUACCUAGAUGGUCCCUUUAGAUUUGGGUACAUUUCAAGGGAGGCAGAAAUCUGUAUUUGAAGUCAAAAAUGAUUGGCCUCUUUUUCAUACUUAAGUAGCAUGUGGCUAUUUUUAUACUAAUUUUGAUAAUGUAUAUUCUUUUCAUGAUCGUAUUUUGUCACUGUAAACAUAUCAACAAAAAGGCAUUUCCAAAAUGCAGUUUUUAGAACCUGGGUUUUAAAACCAAUUUUGAAUUUGUUAAGGUUAGUAGUUGCAGAAAUCAAACACUAGGUGGCGCCCAGUUAGUCUUAACAUUGGGAAGUACUGAUAGAGUUGUCCCUUUUUUUUUUUAACUUUUACUGUGCACAGGAGGAAAUUUCCCAAACAACAAAAGAUUGUGUUGAUCAUAUGCAUGUAUGUAGAAUAUUUUUACAAACCAAAAGGAUUGUUAAAAGUGACGUUUUAUUUUUAGAAGUCAUCUAUCUACAUGUAAGCUACAGUUCCAGUGCUUUAUAAACACUUAAAUUAUGUGUAAAUGAAAAUUUAAUUUCAUAAUGGCUUGUACAAAUUAAGCCUUUUUCAAAGUAUCCCGAAGCUGGGGAAAGAGGAGGGAAUGACAACUUACUGAAAAGAUGGUCUCCAAUUUCUGAAUGGAAGAACUACAUAUGCAGAGAAAUAUAAUAAAGAUGAUGUCAUGCUGCAGAGUAUAUUAUACCUUGCUUUGUGUUUAGGAUGUAUCUUGUUGUGUGUACAGGUUUGUUGGCUUGUAUUUUGCUGGGAAUUUUGACUUACCUUUAUUAUGCAGUUUUUCAUUAUCAACUCUACUAAGAUGAAAUUAGGGGCGGGGCUGGUUAGACCUCUCCAGCCGCAUUGAAAUGGUGUGCAGCUGUAAAAAGAAGAGAUCCUUCAUUUAGUUUGUGAAGCAUUUAUUCUGUUGGUCUCCAGAGAGCUCUUCAGUGGUGAAAAGUAAGACACAGGGGAGUAAACCUUCACAUGGCUUUAGAAAAUAAGCACAUCUUCUUUAAUCCCAUACUCAGUAUAAAUUCCUAAGUGUGCAAACUCAGGAGUAAAGAUCCGAGGUACUAUGAAACAUUAUUAAAUCAAAGAAUAGAAAUUAAGAGUGGACAAUUGCAGUUUAUGUUUCUUACUAUUCUAUGGAGUUCCUGGACACUUUACCUAGAUGGAAUGAGUCUGAGACCAUGAUCUGGUUUUUUAAUACUUCUAAGGAACCAGCCGUGAAGAAUUGACUUAGUGAUUGUUUUCAUUAGUCAUCUAAACUUGCUAAUAUAUUUAGGCUUCUGUACAUAAAAGUGUUUUGCUAAAUGUGUGCAGUAUGUGUAGAUUUUCCCUCCACAUUGUUUUACCCGAGAAUGUUUUGACUCUGUAUCUGUGCUACAAUUCAUGGUAGGGAUAGUGCAUGCAACUCAAACAUUAGUUUCUCUACUUACCUCCUCUAACAAAUAUGGUUUGUCUAAAGAUUCUUUAACAAAUUACAACUAUGACCCCAAUUCAUGUGUUUGCAAGUGAUGUAUUUUUUUCCUUGUCUAGCUAGUAACAGCCCUAGUGCUGUUGUACCCUAGAGACUCUCAAAUCAUAAUGAUUAAAAUAAUUGGGGUAAACUUGUAGUUCUUAUGCAACACUACUUAGAGGAGUUAUUUUACUAACGUUAAUGUAGAAAUUAGUUUCAUUGAUUUGAUUAUAUUUCACAUGAGGAAUGGAAGUGGUCCUUAAGGGAAAAAAAAAAUUGUGUUAUCCUGUUUGAUUCCUAUAAUACAAUGGUAUAAGGUGUGCCCUGAAAGAAAAUAAAAUGUUUGAAAUCUAAGAAUAAUGAUUCUUACUGCUAAGAGAGUGUAGUAAUUACUCCAAAUGUGUUUGAUAGGACUGCAUUUUUUAUGCAGUGUUUAUUCCACUUCCAAUAGAGUGUAAAUAUGUUGUAUUACUAAGGUGGCUAAAUAACCAAACCAGGUGUUUGUUUAAAAAAAAAAAAAAAAAGACUUACCAAGAGUUAAUUGUUUGACUGUCACAUCUUUCUUGAACAUCCAGCCUCUUAAAGAGACCACCUCUUAAGGAGUGUGUAAACUAUGCAUGAUGAAAAUUCUUGUAUUUUAUUAAGGAGUGGGUCGGUUUACUCACCACAUGUGUGGAAUCGUUGUUACAAAUAUAGUUGCUUAGAAAACUC